UAGGAAGAGAGAAAGAGAUAGAAAGUAAAACGGAUAGGUAACAAACCUAAGUAAUUCUGAUAAAAAAAAGAUAUUACUUUAUUAUUCGAAAUAACGAUUGAAUUUCAUCGAAGUGUCAGCCUUUAAAACAUCGUCACGAAGAUUUUUUUGGAGUAAUUUGAACGAUAUAGGAAAGAAAGAAGAAACGAACGACGAUUUCAUUCAUGAUUCUUCGCAAAACGAUCGGGAGUGUUCUCUCACAUCGACGAAAAACAUUUCGUCGACAUUUUGGAAAAAUAUCACGAUUGUUCCACCUCCAAACAACAUCAUUGUGCGUGUGCUCGUGUUGAUCUUCGAUAACUUGGUAUUUCAUGUCAUCUUUCCUUCGAGCUGCUCACUUCUGAAUCAAAGGGAGAGGCUCUUUUGAUAUCAUAAGUACAGCCGAAUUUAGCGAAGUCAGGACCGUCCGUCAUUAUGGCACCAAACUUGUUCGGAACUUCGGCAUCUUUAUUCUUGGAAGCGUCCCAGCAGAAUCUUAUUCAGGAAAAGUCAACAACAGAAAAAACAAGCACGCCGAAAUUGGAGACACAGAAAUCGCUAAGAUCGAAGUCAAAGUAUAAAUGGAAAAUUGUAUGGAGAAACGUGAUAGCUUUUCUUUAUCUCCACAUCAGUGCUCUUUACGGGUUCUAUAUGUGUUUUACCGGUGCAAAAUUGAUCACGGUCAUAUACACGUUUUUUAUAGGUUUCGCAGCAGGCUUCGGUGUAACAGCGGGUGCUCAUAGAUUAUGGGCUCAUAAGUCCUAUAAAGCGAAAUGGCCUAUGAGAGUAAUUCUAAUGAUUUGUCAAACGGUAGCCUUCCAAAAUCACAUUUACGAAUGGGUGAGAGAUCAUAGAGUCCAUCAUAAAUUCACUGACACCGAUGCCGAUCCGCAUAAUUCUCAGAGAGGCUUUUUCUUUUCGCACAUUGGCUGGUUGAUGCUAAAAAAGCAUCCUGACGUUAUUAAAAAAGGUGCUACGAUCGAUAUGAGCGACAUUGAAAAAGAUCCAGUAGUUGUUUGGCAACGAAGACUUUAUAUCAUUCUUAUGCCACUCUUCUGUUUCAUCAUUCCCACGUGGAUACCAUGGCAUUUCUGGGGAGAGAAAUUGAUGUAUGCUUGGUACCUCACUCUUUUCAGAUAUACCUUAUCUUUGAACCUUACGUGGCUCGUAAAUUCUGCUGCUCAUAUAUGGGGUAUGAAACCAUAUGACAGUUCUAUCUCACCAACCGACAGUUAUUCAGUCGGUAUAGCUGCGUUUGGUGAAGGUUGGCAUAAUUACCAUCAUGUCUUUCCGUGGGAUUACAAAGCCGCAGAGUUGGGCAACUAUAAAAUGAACUUUACGACAGCUAUCAUCGACGGUUUCGCGAAACUUGGUUGGGCUUACGAUCUCAAGACUGUCCCUAUUGAAAUGAUACAGAAACGAGCAACUCGAACGGGAGAUGGCUCAAAAUACGAAAUUACCGAAGGUCAGCACGAACACACGCAUAGUAAUACUGUUUGGGGUUGGGAUGAUCGUGAUAUGAUUUCUGAGGACAUUCAAUGCGCAAGGAUAUUACAAAAAUCUGAUUAAAAUCAGUCAUUAUUGUUUGGAAAUAUCGCCGAAGAAUAAUUACCAAAAAAAAAAAGAAAACGGCAUGAAAAUAGAAAAAAAAAA